CCCGGGCGGCAGCGCGGGACCUUCGGAGCGGCGGCGGCCGCGGGCCCGGCCGGCCAUGGACCGCUACGUGCUGCUCCUGAGCUGGGGCGAGCGCCGGGCCGAGGGCGGGCCCGCGGCAGCGACCGCCACAGCUGGGACUGCUGCAGACAUUUAUCAGUUCCUGAAAGAAAGUUGUAAUGCAUCUAUGAACGCAGAUGUGAGCACAUUCCCAGCAUGCUCAGUGGCUGGUAUUCCAGGUGCAAAGAAAUGGUAUUUUGCAAGUCAGGUCAUUUGUGGUUAUUAUCAGUUCUGCAGUUCGGACUGGGAGGAAAUAAAUGUUGGCACACAGAAAAAUGAAGACUCUCACCAAGAAAGCGUUGAUGAGAACCUGGGAACCACACAAAAUUUUGAGGAAGAUGACGGUAACAGUCAGGAAUCACUGUCUCUGACUGAUAUCUAUGAUGAAGCUGCUGAAAGUCUGCAUCAAUUAGCUGAUAAACUGCCUGCCCCAGGCAGAGCAAUGGUUGAUGUAAUCCUGCAGGCUGUUGAAUGUGAUGGACCCAAGUUAAAGGACUGCUUACCUGCUGUUGGUGCCCUGAAACACCUGAGGGAGUGGCACUCUGCACAGAUCACUAUUGCAGCAAGUGAUGCUAAAGGUAGCUGGCAAAAGAUUGCAGACUAUCUGUCGGCAGACUUCGUAUCUUCAGAUGAUAUCAUGAAUAUUAUUGAUUUAAAUGAACUCUGGAGAGGAAAGAUUCAGAUCUGGGAAAGAAAGUUCGGAUCAGGAGUAGAUUUUCCAGAAUUUUGUAUUAAGAGCACUUCAGCCAAGACAUUCAGGACUGCAAAAUUAAAUUCUUGCUCUGCUGCUAAGAAAGAGUGGCAAUCGAGGAACACUGAUACUUUGCCAGAAGUUUUUCAUUACUAUGGUCCUGCGCUGGAAUUUUUACAGAUGGUGGUGCUUUCUGAUCUACCUUCCAUUUUUAUAUCAGAUCUGGAAUUUGAGCUGAGUCUGUCAAGAAAGAAUACCGAGGAGACAUCUACACUGCUUCUGGACCAGAUUUCUUUUCUCUCUGGGAAGGUGGGAGCUUUAUUUACAUUGCCAUGUAAUGUAAGCAGUGUAGUGAUCCCAUCUCCUGCCCAGCUGAGCAGCAAGAAAUGGAAGGAAUAUAUGGCUAAGAAACCCAAGGUCAUUUCUGUUCCAGAAAUUGAACUGAAAGGAGAAUCUUGCCGAUACUAUUUCUUGCUACAAGGCAAUGGCUCUGGAGGAUGUAAAGCAACCUUGAUUCAUUCAGCUGGCCAGAUCAAUGGGAUGGCCACUCUUGCUGCAGUAAAUGGAAAGCUAAAGGCAAAAGCAGAAGAAACAGAGUCAGACUUUCAUAUUUCUGACUUUAUCAAGUCUCUGCCAUGCUAUUGUGGAGAGGAGAUUGUACAGAGAGAAACAAAACUGUCUCGUCUCCAAGUGUUUGCCUUGAAGGAGUAUCUCAACAGAAAGGAAUUGACCAAGAAGCCUGCAGUUAUUUCUACCAAUGAGUUUAAAAGCUUAUUAAAACUUACAAGAGAAUGUUUUUUGGACCUGUACAGCACUAGUCUUCCUAAACCUGUUCUACAGAAAGUCUGCAAUAAAACCAGAUCAUGCACUGUGACUUGUGAGCCUGAUUUAAUGGAGCCAAAUCCAUUGGAGUGGCCAGAAAGACACGUUCUUCAGAAUUUAGAAAACUUUGAAAAAAACAAGCAAAAAAUGAGAGUUCCUCUGUUUGCACAUUCGUCCGAGCAGUUGCUGGGACAUAGAGACAGCCAGCGGGAGUCCCUGACCCUGCUGGACGCUAAAGAGCUGCUGAAGUAUUUCACCCCAGAAGGGCUGCCCGUGGGGGAUCUCCAGCCACUCCAAGUUCCCAAGCGUGAAAAUACAUUUCUUUUGACACCAGAGCUUACUCCUAGGAAACUCAGAGCUUUGCCUUUUGAAAAAGCAGCUGGAUGCUAUUAUCAUGGACUCGAAUAUUGUCUAGAUAACAGAAGAGCCUUGGAGAGAGAUGUGGGAUAUGCUGAACUUCAAACUCGUCUUAUUCGCUACGAAACUCAGACAACUUGCACGAAGGAGUGCUGCCCUGUGCCACUUGUCUUGAGUCCUCUGCCAUCUCCUGCAGUCUUGUCAGAGCCUGGAAGUGUCCCUGAUGGAGAGUCUUUACAAAGUGAAUUCAAAACAGAGACAUCAAGGCUAAAAUGCAGAUCAAAAGACCUGGAUUACUUUUAUCCCAAGAAAAGGCUAACCAAAUCUGAGAGUACAGACUCCCUCCUGUCUCAGGCAAGUGGGAGCAGCAGGAGUCACUGUGCAGUUGGUGUGACGAGGAAAUGCUCAGAAAGAUCCGUUUCUGUGGCUGCAGUGCCAUCGAAACUGCCCAGCCAAGCCCACAGAGCAACCACCAAGGCUGGCUCAGCUGCAGAGCCCGAGGCCUCAAAGCCAGAGAAGGAAUCAAGAUCCCAGAAGCACACGAGGAUGCUGAAGGAGGUGGUUGCUAAGACUCUUCAAAAACAUGGGAUUGCAGAAGAUCAUAAGUGCUUUGCAUCAUGCAGCCAACGUCUAUUUGAGAUAUCAAAAUUCUACUUAAAGGACCUUAAAACUUCUAGAGGACUUCUAGAUGAAAUGAAGAAAACAGCAAAUAGCAAUGCCAAACAGGUGAUUGAAUGGGUUUUGGAGAAGACUGGCAAGUAGAGGCACUGUGGAUUCUAUUCACACCUUUCCAGGAGCUGUGGAGACAGAGCACUUCUGACUGGAGAAGCUUUAGACUGCCCAAUGCACACACAGAUCUGCACACUGGGAGGACUUUGGUCAGUGGAAUUAUAUAGACUCAUUCUUCAAGCACAGGAGGAUGGUUGGAAGCUUUUUAUACUGAAAGUUUUAUUUUUUUUUUUUAAUUCAAAUGAAAAGAGAUUGCAUUUUAUAUGUGUAUUUAUUAUGUUUGUUAAAAGGAACAUAGCUUGACUUGGUUUAUAAUGCUUUGUAUCUUUUUAAACCAGUGUAUUUGGUUUUUAUAUGAAUAAAAAACCCCACAUAUUUAAUUUUGAUACCUACUACUUUGUUUUACCUUUCUGUGUGAAGACCUCUAUUCUACUUACUACAGCUUGCUCUUGUAUAAACAGCUGUUUACAGCAUCAGCCAUUAACAUUUUAUACACUAAUUUAAGGAACAGUUCCUAUUCUGCAGGUGAAAACAAUACAUAAUACAUAUACAUAAUAAUACAUAAUCAGAAUACAUAAUACAUAAUCAGAAUUUGAAUAAUAAUUAUCUCUAUGUUGUAGUAUAAGGAGGAAAAAAAGCAUGAAACUUGAUGCAGGCUUGAAACUUGAUGCAGGGUCCUAUUAAAGAAAGUUUCUUUGCUUUACAAGCUGAAUUUUGGUAUAAUUUCCUGCAUGCUCUUUGUAACACUCCUUAGAAAAAUAUCUAAGAAGUCUGAUUUCUUUUCCUGGAAGAGGAGAAAAUCAAAGCAGUAGUGGUAAUGAGGAUGGUAAGAGCUGGAAAAGAGCUGGUGUGCUAUGCUGAAAUGUAAAGGGAAAAAAGAGUUUCUAGCUGUGUUGCAAACACAGUAAAAUACUAAAUUUGGCCUCGGUUUGUUUAAGUCUCUGGCAUGUACCUGGCUGGGACUGAUGUAAUUAUUUAAGUUAGUAUUUUGUUGAGAUGAGAAGUUCCUACUGAGCUUUCUCUAUUAAGGGUUUCCUAUUUAUCAUAUAAGCUAACAGUAUUAAAACUGACAGAUGCAGGGCUAUUGUUUGCUAUAUUAUCCUGGUAGGAAAAUAGAUUAAUCAAUACAAAUAGAAAUGAAAUACAAUGUAGUGAAAAAGUAAUCGAACUAAACCAUGUGGAGGUUGGACUUAAUACUGUAAAAUCUAUGCUUUCUCUAAAAAGAAUUCCUGAUUUUGUGACAUUACUGUUUGCUUAAUUCUAUUUGGUUAAAGCUGAGCCCUAAGGAGGUUUUACAUGUCUAACAGAAUCUUGAGUUAAACUGUUCUGUUCCUUUGUUCCCAAGUUUAUCAUUGUUCUGAACUCUACAAGACCUUUAAUGAGUGGGUGUGUACUGGGUUUAACUGAGCUGCAGUAGGAGAGCUCUGAAGUUGUUCUGCUGUGACACUGGGCUCUAGUGAGCACUGUGUGCAUCUAAGCCCAGGACAAACAUAACUACUUGUAAGAUGGAUUCUAUUUGUCUGCAGAAUGCCACACAUCCACAGCGUCCCAGUUUUAGUGAUUUGGUAAAAUAGAAAUGCAAUGAAGAGAGAUAUUUAAAUAAUCAUUUAAUAAGUCAAAAUUGCUCCAACGUAAUGAUUACUGUCUAUGGCUCAGAUUUCUUUGCAUUCAAUAUAGAAAACGAGAGAAGUAAUCAAGACGUAAACCUUUCUUAAUAUCUUAUAGUGAAUCAAGAAAGUCUCUGCUUCCAGAGAGAAAAGUUGUAAGCUGUAGCCUUAUCUCUUCAGCCUGAAUGCUGAUACUUUUGUUUGAAUACUAAAGCAAACCACUGAAAGUUGUAUUUUCUACUUAAUUUGAGGACGUUUAUAUAUUUGUAAUUAGAAAAACUUUGUAGUUAAUAAUUAUACAUAAGCUGAUAAGUAAAAGUACAGAAGCUCUACAUUUCAUAAAUCCUUGAGGCUAGCUGCCAUAAGCAAAGAAAAUACCUUCAGGAAAGUAAUUAAUACUUUGAACUGUUUUUCUUGUACUUCAAGUAGAACUUAAUGCUUAUUGGUUUAAUUAAUUUUGUAGACUCAAAGGCUGGCCUGAAAUAAUCAGCAGGAAAGCAGUUAGGGAAACAUAAGCAUUUUGAUGUAUUGGCUUUUUGCACAAUUCCCAGCGCAAAAGUAAUACACUGCUACCCAUGUCUCAUUUGCUCUUUGUGUUGGUGGCUUUUUAGGGCAAGUGGUGGCUGGUUUAUUAUUGUGGCUUAAUAACACUGUGCCCCUUAUGAGCUGUGAUAACUGUCCCUGUCCAUGCUCUUAACCUACAAAAAAGCAGGCACAAUAAUUUGACUUGGUCCACUGUAACAGCACUAAACUAAAUUAUUUUAUAUCUGUCAUAGUUCCAAAACCCCACACUGAGAGUUCCUGCAGCUCAGCCUAUGUGCUGUAACUUAAGUGUUGCAGAAUGUAACAUCACCCAUUGCCUCUGAAAUUCAAAUUAUUUUCUUGUUUGUGGCUGCUGAAUCCCAAAUCCAGUCUGCCUUAUGCAUCUUUUGGGUGCUUGCUUUCAUGUUUUUUGCAAGUCAGGAUAUAAGUCAUAUAUCACCAUAUAUCAAAUGUCACCAGAACACAUUUCUGGUUUACCUAUAAUCCAGCCAUCCUGUCUAGUAAGUGUGUAAUAUAGCAUAAUAUAAUAAUAUUAUGUAUUAUAUUAGAAGCACAUCAUCCAUCCAUGUUAUGUGCUUAUAUUCCCCACAGGACUGGGGUAAGACAGUACUGAUAUGGUUGCAAUUACUUGGUGAUAUGAUUACUUGUUAUAUUACAGCAGUUAUGUGAUGAAUAUCACUGAGCUACCACAGAACUUAGCUUGGGGGUACUAAUGCUUGUCCAAAUUCACAAACUUCUUUGUCUCGAUUCAUAGUUCCCUCUUGGAAUUUGUUUUCUAAAUUUGUUUCCUAAUGCCUCAUUAUUUACACAAGCAUGGAAAUUCUGAUGAAGGAAAAAAAAUGAAAAGCAAAUCCCAUGUGGGAAAAGCAGGUGAUUAUGUUCAACAGGAGGUUAUCAUCUCUGUUAAAUAUUUAGAAUGUUCUUCUCCUCAUUCUUUUAAAUUAAAUUUUUGCCCUGGUUAGUCUGAGGGUUCAUUUACAGUAAGCAGACUGAGUUUCUCAAAAUUUUCCAAGCAUAUUAUUAGUAUCUGCUCUUGAAAAUUGAAGCCACCACUGAAUUCAAAAGGGUCCACAAUAUACAGUGUUAUUACAUAUAAAUACUUAAUAUUUACUGUAUUAAUGGUCUGUCUAUAUAGUAAAUAAGACUCAGUAAAUAGCUAGUUAUCAAUCUGCCAGCUUGACUUCUAUGAAAAAUAACAUAAAUUUAGAAAUCAGUGGCAGUGUAAUGAUCUGGAGCAUGUAAUUUCUUUAGGCUCUGAUUCUGCUUCCACUGAAACCAAAGAAGCUCCAGUUAACUUCUAAGCAUGGGUAAGAGGACACUGAGAAUGCUUUCAGGUGGAAAUCAGAUCGAUCUCCCCUUCAAAUCAGCUGAGCUUCCCAAUGCAAAGGGCUGAAUGGAGUGUGCUGCCCUAUGCUGUGGGAGGAAGAAAUUCUAACAUUCUGCAGAAUGAAAGCACUCGUUUUGUCAUUUGCAAAAGA